ACAAUUAAUGCACUUUAUAAUAUUCAUGAAGAGAAUUCAAUUCAUAGAGAUUUGCAUUCUGGAAAUAUAUUAUAUUCACAGUUUAAUGAUAAUUGGUAUAUUAGUGAUUUUGGUUUUUGUGGUCCUGCAAAUAAAUCAUCAACAUGUAUAUAUGGAAAUCUUCCUUACAUAGCUCCUGAAGUUUUUAAUGGAAAAGAAUGUACUUUUAAAUCUGAUAUCUAUAGUAUUGCAAUGCUUAUGUGGGAAAUUUCAUCUGGACAACCACCAUUUAUGAAUUAUGAACAUGAUUGUAAUCUUGCAAUUAAUAUUAUUAAUGGUAUAAGACCAAAAAUUAUACCAGAAAUUCCUUCAGGAUAUAAAAGUUUAAUGGAACAAUGUUGG